UUUAAUUUUGUUAACAGUUGACACAAUGAAGCGGUUGCAUUCUAUUAAAUUGCCAAUUUUUUUGGUCUUUUACAUAGCCUUUUUGCCCUUUGAAGGAGCGCAAAGUGCUGUGAUUGUUUUAGAAAAUGCUGCGAAUAAAACAGAAACAGGAAAUAUCGAUUCCAAAACCAAAAUUUCCACAGAAGUGGCUGCAUCGGAUCAGUAUUUUUAUGUGAGCAAAGAUGAAGUAAGCUGGUUCGCUGCCGAAUAUUUCUGCAAAACGCAAGGCUGGUAUUUGGUUUCUAUUAGAAACUUAGGAGAAGCAGUACAGUUGAAUGGAUUUCUACACUUUAACAAAUUAAUCGUUGAACAUUACUGGACGUCUGGUAAUAGACUAGCUGAUCAAAAGUCAUGGUAUUGGGAUCUUCAUUAUGAGGCUAUGGGAUAUACAAAUUGGGCGUCAAAUGAGCCAGAAACUACGAAAGCGCAAUAUUGUAUGAGACUUACUGGCAUGCUGUGGUACAGCUAUGAUUGUACACAAUUAUCAAAAUAUAUUUGUAGAAAACAUUAAUAAAUAAGUCCAUAUUGGCUAGUUGUAAUAAAUAUAUGAAAAUGUA